GUCCGCUGGUGAGUUCCUCCCUCCACCAGCCCUUUAUAUAGUCCUCUCAGUGUCCCCCUGCAGGAGACUGAGAUUUCUGAACCUCUCAGCCCACACCCAGCUUUUCCCCAGCAGCACAGAAGCAAGUCGUCAUCAUGAGUGAGGACACCAGGAACUUUCUGGAAAAAAUCCUUCCACAGCUGAAGUGCCAUUUCACCUGGAACUUAUUCAGGGAAGGAAGUAUCUCAACUCAUAUGGAAGACAGAGUGUGUAACCAGAUUGAAUUUUUAAACUCUGAGCACAAAGCGACAAUGUACAACUUGCUGGCAUAUAUAAAACACCUAGAUGGUGAAAACGAGGCAGCCCUGAAGUGCUUAGGGCAAGCUGAAGACUUACUGAAGCCCAAGCAGGAUGAUCAAGCAGAAAUGAGAUGUCUAGUCACCUGGGGAAACUAUGCUUGGGUCUACUAUCACAUGGGCCGGCUUUCAGAAGCCCAGGCUUAUGUUGACAAGGUGAGACAUGUGUGCAAGAAGUUUGCAAAUCCUUACAGCAUGGAAUGUCCGGAACUUGACUGUGAGGAAGGAUGGACACGCCUAAAGUGUGGAAGGAAUGAGAGAGCUAAAAUGUGUUUUGAAAAGGCUCUGGAAGAGAAGCCUAGUGAUCCAGAGUGCUCUUCUGGCCUUGCAAUUGCCAAAUACCAUCUAGAAGAAAACCCGGAGAAGCAGUUCCCUGUUGAUGCUCUGAAGCAGGCCAUGGAGCUGAAUUCUAAGAACCAGUAUGUCAAAGCUCUCUUGGCCCUGAAACUGCAGAGGAAGGGAGAAGAAGCUGAAGGGGAGCAAUUGAUUGAAGAUGCCCUGAGAACAGCUCCUAAUCAAACAGAUGUCCUGCAAAAGGCAGUCCAGUUUUUCAGGAGAAAGGGUAACCUAGACAGAGCUAUUGAACUUCUUGUAAGAGCACUAAGAUCCACGGCACACAAGAGUCCCCUCUACUGCUCGGUCAUGGCCCAUUACAGGGAGAAACUGGAGCAAUUGCAGAACCCAGGAGAUGCUGAAACCCAUGAGAGCAAGGGGAUCAUGGAGGAACUGAGAAGACUGACGACGGAAUACAUGCGCCAGGCUCUUCAGAGGAGGCGAAGUCCUCUGAACUCCUACUCAGAUCUCAUCGAUUUCCCGGAAGUAGAACGAUGCUAUCAGUUGAUCUUCAGCAAGGAGAGUCCCCCUGCUGAGGAAGAGCAGCUCUACCAGCGCUAUUGCGACCUCCAGAAGGAUCAUCGGAAGUCGGCCGACCUCGCUGCUCUGAAAGAUUUCCUGCAGUCUCAGAGAAGUGAAAAAUCCAUUGAGAAGGAAGAGGUGAAAGAGCAAGCAAAGGCCGCAGAUGAAAACUUGCAGGAGCAAAAUGCACUGGGUCUUGGCCUCUCCAGGGAAUAAGUCAGA